GGCCGUUAGUCCCGGCUCGAGGCAUGACGUGACAUGGCGGGCUACAGCAACCACGGCUACUCAGCGCCCGGCAGUCCGCAGUGGCGCGCGUCCAGUCGCCGGCGGCUGGAGUGGCCGCCCCCGGGACACCACGAGUCCCCCCCGAGGGACUGGCGCUGGUCCCCGGACCCCCGCCGGCGCAACGAGCCGCCUGCCCGCACGCCCACCAGGAGCGGCAGACCGCUGCAGAGGCGGGUAUCCUCGGUGGAGUUGGGCGCCAGGCAGUGUUACCAGAGAGAGACGACGCCCAGGAAGGACCCAGCACCACUCGUGCUGCACGCCACACCGACCAUGCGGCCCCAGGCACCAGCCCCAUCGCCCAGUCGCAGCCUCAAGGCGUCCUGGAUCACCCUGCCAGAGCCACACCAGGACCCGCCCACGGCGACCCUGUUCGUGUCGGGGCUGCUUCUGGUGCUGUGCGGACUGGUCACGUGCGUGGCGGGCUUCUGCUUCCUGGCCUGGGAAGGGCGCCGCUACUUCCUCGACAUAGCGCUGGUGUCGGGGUUCUGUGCCUUCCUGCUGGGCGCCGCGGGACUGCGCGCGCGCGCCUGGCUGUGGUUCCCCAACAGGAAUUACGUGUCAGGCUACAUCCUGCUGGCCAUCUUCAGUGUGCUGACGGCUGCGGGCCUCGUGACCUUGCUGGUGUACAAGCCUCGGCCAGGCACGCCGCUAGCCGACAUGGUGGGUGGAGCCAUCUGUGGAGUGUCGGGACUGUCUCUGCUGCUGGCCGGCCUGGGCGUCAUGGCGUCGCAGUGCUGCAAGUACCCGCCGCCGGACAACAGAGUGCAGCACUGCGCCGAGGGCUUCGUCAUCUGACGGCGCGCGCAAACUACUGCACUGCCAGCGUCCAGUCACUACAACCCUUCCGUUUCCUUCGCUCCGCGCGAACAAUAGAAGCCGAGUGCUUUGCUGCGGUGGUAGCCAUGUUUGUUUCAAGUACAUACAAGAAUAUCAAGGGUUCGAUUAUUACUUUGGCUUUUAUUUUAUUGUAUAUGUAAUUUCUGCGCAUACUAUGAUCUCGAAGCAUUUUUUUUUUUUUAACUAAACUAAUAUAAUAUCAUUGGUUGCCAUUUGUUACUUUCCCGGUCAUUGUGGAAGUAGUAUACGUGAUACUGUAAAGUUCCGGGAGAUCCAUCUCUGUUUACGUGAGCUGUUGUAAAACGGGCCCUAUGCAUUUCCUACUCGCCCAAUGGUGCGACACUCAUUUUAUCGCUAACUGAAGCCUUAUUAAAAAAAUAAACCGAAAUAUACAAUGUUGUACAGAAGUCCAGUUUUAAUUUUUAAAUAAGUUUGAAGUCAAUGCAAAUGUUAUUCAAUCUUAGAUGAUAAAAUAUAUUUUGGUUUUUCUUAUGAUCACUUUUCAACUUGGAAACCUUUACACCAAAGUCGUAUAGUUAUUUUGAUAUAAUAAAUGCUAAUUAUUUAUACAAACUAUUUGAAAUAUUAAAUGCAUUUAAAAGUAAGUUAAUGAGUGAAAUUAUAUCGGUACGUACCAGCCCAAUGUACCAUGUACGUACCAUGCUUUUAUUAUUUUCGUUUAUUAAAAUUUAAUUUUGUGAACUAUUUGUUUUAAAUCAGUUUAUUUUCUGUAUUUGUUUGUAUUUUAGUUCCUACUUAAGUGUAGCCUAUUUUCUAAUGUUCUUUAGUUUCAAUAAAAGUAAAAUCUAGCACUACAGGCCUCAGCCAAUUGAAUGAAUAUUUUCAUGAAUGUAAAUAAUGUAAAUUUUAAGGGUAAAUUAUACAACCGCAAUUACAAAGUAGGAUUGUAGUUGGCUAUGUGUAGGAAGUUGCUCAAAAAUGUUUAGUCGUCAACUAAUUAUGGCUAUGCUAUCGUGCAUUGGAGGUAAAUGUGGUCAUUGUUAAUUGUAGAAAGCACUGACAGUAAAAUGUCUGUGUUAUUGCAAUGGUUGUUUCAAAUGUUGCUCUAUCUAAAUUUUUAAGUUACCUAAUUCAACUGACGCCAAAAUUUUAUCUUAGAUUUAAUACUGUUUGUAGGGCCUACCUAUUAGUUUUAAUACUGAUGUGUAUAAAGUAUAAUUGUGAAAAACAGUAUGGAAGUAAACAUUUCACUUUAAAUAUGUUUUAAAAUUGUUGCUAGUCAAAAGUGAAUCCAACUGUGUAGGAUAUAUUGUUUUAACAAUUUUAAAAGUUUGAGUUUUUAACAAUGACUGAGGUUCACUUCCUCGAAGUUAAAACAUGAUAGCAGCUUAUAAUUAAAAAUAAGUAAACACACUGGUAGCUUCUACUUAGGUAUGAAGUUUAUUUGAAAUCACGUUGGUGUGUUGACGUGUUGCUGAAGCGUGCCUCGUAGUUUGAGACUUGCAAAUUUAAUUGUACCUUAUGUAGGUACCAUUGUUCCACUUUUGCUGUAUGAGGGAAUAGAAUAUUGUCCAGAUUCGUAGUCUGUAAGUGAGGCUUUCCUUGUCAUCUUAGCUGCGGUGUCAUCGCUGUUGAUUGGCUGCUGUCUUGAGGACAAGUCUCGCGAGAGGAUUAUUGUUGCAGCUUGCGUGACAAACUGUGCUCCUUUGUUUGAAGUGUAGCAUGUAUGACAUUUCCCUGCCUCUUAGCAUUGUGCAUACUGAGUUUCUUGUUAAGCAUAUACAUAUCCACCUUGUUCAUCUUGCACAACUUAGACCUAAGUUUUUAUGGAAUUAAAUUUUGAAGUUUCUUUGUUUUUAGUUUAAGAAAAAAGUAAGUUGUUUGUUUACCAACUAUUAAUUAUUGAGCCAAUCAAUUCUAGCCUGCUAAUAUGAGAACUAUUUUAAGACAUUGUACCUAUUAAUGUUAAGUUGAAUACUCGCUGUACAGUUUUUUGUUUUGCGCAAAUUCAAAUUUCAUAUAAAUUGUGAGUUGAACAGUUGUAAAUAUAAUUGUAAAUUUCACUGAAACAAUUAAAUUUAGGUAUUUUAAGUGCCUUAAUUGUAAAUUUUGUAAAAUGGAAAAUAAAUAAAAUUUUUACGUGAAUGUAAAAUCA